AUGUCUAGAGAAACGGACACAGCGACCGCCGUGAGGCGAAAUCCGAAAGACUCGAUGAAGUCAACAUGGCAGGGUGGCGACAGGAGUCAAUGGUCGAUAUGGCACUGGUCUAUUGAACUUCUUAAUAUUCACCCUGUUGACCUCAAACGACCAGUGCCAGUCUUUGCCAAAACAGACAGAAUCCCUAACGCGUCAUUGUGGCAAGUUCAUAAGUGGGUGUUAGGCUAUGCCAGCGUCCCGAUGCUUAUACACUACCUGUAUGUGCAGUACACGGGCCACAACCUAACGUUCGGAUGGGCCGCCUUGCUGUAUGGUGCCUGGAUCAAAUACACUGGCAUCCGCGAGGUCCAGAUGAUCAAGAACCUCGGCCACAUAUACGGCUACCUUGACGGUGACAAGCACGGCCGAGACGGCGUCCCUGACGUCCGGGUCCGCGAAGUUGUCACAUCCCUCCUCAUGACGGGCACCGCUCGAACUCUCAUGGCCGUCAUGAUGGCCUGGGACGCAACAAAGACACCCGAAUCCCUUAUCGGCUGGCCGCUCUUUUGGCUCUUCAUUGAGCUCACCAUGUAUCCCAUCAUGGUAGAUUUUUGGUUCUACUGGUAUCAUCGUGCUAUGCACGACAUCCCUUGGCUCUGGCAGUUCCAUCGCACUCAUCACCUCACCAAGCAUCCAAACACGCUCCUGUCACUGUAUGCCGACGGCUGGCAGGAACUAUUUGACAUUGUUGUGAUACCUGUCCUUGCCUUCUACAGCUGCCAGGCAUUUGGUCUGCCGAUGGGCUUCUACGAGACAUGGAUCUGCUACGAGUACGUCAUGUUCAUCGAGAUGUUUGGUCACAGCGGCCUGCGCAUCCACGGCGCCCCCGGUCUAACCGUCGCGCCGCUUCUCAGGUACUUCAAGAUGGAGCUCGUUGUCGAAGACCACGACUUGCACCAUCGCACGGGUUGGAAAAAAAGCCACAACUACGGCAAGCAGACGCGGGUCUGGGACACCGUCUUUGGCACCAAGACAGAGCGCAUCGAGUCUCAGGAGGAGAAUGUUGACUAUAGUGUCAAUUUUAUCCUUCCAUUCUUCGGUUAA